AUGAGUUCUCAAGCAGAGGCUAUCUCUCUUGUGGUAAACUCUGCCCAGAGUCAAACUUUUGUAACUCAACCUGCUAAGUCAGUACCAAGUAAUUUUUCAAAAUUUUUUGAAACGGCUAGUUCUAUACUUGAUUCCAAUGAACCUUAUGCUCAGGUCAUUGAAUUUAUUAGCUCUAGUUCUGAAGAAGAUGACACUGUGGUUACUGUUUUGACUAACGGUCAAACUGUUUUUCAAAACUUACCAUACCUUUCCACCAAUACGUUCAAGUCAUCGAAAAUUGUCUCUCACGUUGAGUUGACCAAUUUUGAUUUCGGCAUAGUUGCUUCGCUUAGAGAUUUGGACUUCCCAAUAUUGAUUUCCCAGUCCAUUAAGGAGGCUAACACAUACGCUGCUUUGGCUUACAGCUUAAGCUCUAGGUUUAACAAGCCAGUGUUCCACUUUUUCGCUCCAAGCUCAUACCAACAAACAGAAUUGGUAAAGAAAUCUGCCAGCAUUGGUCACUAUACCGAAGGAACCUUGGAUGAUAUCUUAGCUUCUUAUUCCGUUGAAAACUUCUCGGUUGUUAACCAGGUGAAGAAGGAUAGCACAGAUGCCAUAUUGUACUUGGGUCAAUUGUCUUUAGAAUUGGUUGAAGCUGCUACCAAGGAAAACGUUUUACUCAUAUCGGUAAACUUGUACAAGCCAUUCAGUUUGCCAAACUUACUUAGACAAAUUCCUACCAAUAUCAUUAACUUGCACUUGGUUCAACAGUCGACCAGCCCAUCCACUUCGUUUUCUACUUUGUUGUUGGACUUCUUCCAAGAUUACUCCAAAUACCAAUCCUUGAAGAACUUCAACAAAGUUGUUUCCGCUAACUUUGGUUACAUUAAACGUGAAAACUUUGUUCAAAGCAUUCAAAACUUGUUGGCCAACACCAAUGCUGAUAUCCCUAUUCAAAACUUGUCCAUCGGUAAGAUGAACACCGAAUUGACUACUAAAUCAUCAAAGCAGUCACUGGAAGAUGCUCAACAGGCAGUAUUGAAGAGUUUAUCAUUGGAACAAGCCUACUUGAAGUUACUUCAACAGAUUAACAGCAAUGGCGGCAAUUUAAAUAUCUUAAAUGAGUUUGAUUCACAAGACAUUGGUGGAAAGUCCAACCCAGAAUAUGGAUUUGGUUCAUUCUUGUACGAUGAAGAAAAGCGUUCAGAAUUGAUCAACUUGGUCUACAAGGCCAUCAAGCAAAACAAUUUCCAAUCUCCUCAAUCUUCUAAAUUAUUUGAAUUAUUGAGUCAAUGGAUCGUGUUGGCUAAAGAAGGUAAACAGAUCGAUAACCAGGUCAGCGAUCAAAUCGUCAAGAUCUUGAAAGAAGACGAAGCAGCUGAUAACGAAUUAAUUCCUUAUUUGCAAUACUUCCAAUCUUCAAAGAACUGGUUAAUUGGUUCGGACAGUUGGUCCUAUGAUUUAGGUUCCUCUGGUAUUCACCAUUUAGUUGCUUCUGGAAAGAACAUUAAUAUGUUGUUGAUUGACUCAGAACCAUUUGAAGAUAAGAAGGGCAUAAGGGCUUCAAAGAAGGAUGUCGGUUUAUAUGCCAUGAACUACGGUGGUUGUUACGUAGCAUCUGUUGCCAUCUACUCUUCAUAUACUCAAGUUUUACAGGCAUUAAUUGAAGCUGAGAAGUUCCAAGGACCAUCCAUUGUUUUGGCAUACUUACCAUACCACAGUGAAUCUGAUGACACCUUAUCAAUCUUGAAGGAAACCAAGAAGGCCGUUGAUACUGGAUAUUGGCCACUUUACAGAUAUGAUCCUACUUUAACAAGAGAAGAAGACAUAUUCAAGUUAGAUUCUUCUUCAUUAAGAAAUCAAUUGAAGGAAUUCUUGGAUCGUGAAAACAAGUUGUCUUUAUUGAGUUCCAAAGAUCCUCAAUUAUCAAGAAACUUAGUUGCUACUGCUAACUCUGAAAUCAAAAAGCAACAACAAAAGGUUGCUGACGAAGCAUUCUCUAAGUUAUUACAAGGUUUAUCAGGACCUCCAUUGACCAUUGCAUUUGCAUCCGAUGGUGGUAACGCCGAAGGUGUUGCUAAAAAGAUCAAUAGACAAGCAUUAGGUAGAGGGUUGAAAUCAAUUGUAUUACAAAUGGAUGAUUUAUCAAUAGAAGAUUUACCACAAGAAACUAAUAUUGUUUUCGUGUCUUCUACUUCUGGUCAAGGUGAAUUUCCAACCAACGGUAAAGUUUUCUGGGAUGCCCUUAAGACUUCCAAUGACUUAGAUCUUUCUGGAAUUAAGUUUUCUGUUUUCGGAUUGGGUGAUUCUGAGUAUUGGCCAAGAAAGGAGGACAAGCAUUACUACAACAAGCCAGGUAAGGACUUACAUGACAAGUUAAAAUUAUACGGAGGUGUAGAAUUAAUUGAAAUAGGACUCGGUGAUGAUCAAGAUGCUGAUGGAUUCAAUACUGGAUUGAAAAUUUGGCAAGAUAACUUGUGGAAAGCAUUGGGAGUUGAUAACGUUGAAGGUGUUGAAGAACCUAAGCCAAUCACUAAUGAAGAUAUGAAGAUUGGUUCUGACUGGUUGAGAGGUACAAUUGUGGAGGGAUUAAACGAUCAAUCUACAGGUGCCAUUUGUGCAGUUGAUCAACAAUUGACCAAAUUCCAUGGUAUUUACAUGCAAGAUGACCGUGAUAUUAGAGAUGAACGUAAAGCUCAAGGUUUAGAACCAGCUUACGCAUUUAUGGUUCGUGCUAGAUUACCAGGUGGUAAGGCUACCCCAGCACAAUACCUUAAGAUUGAUCAGAUGGCCGAUGAGAGAGGUAAUGGUACUUUAAAAUUGACUACCAGAGCUACUUUCCAAUUGCAUGGUGUCGUUAAGCAUGACUUGAAGCCUGCUAUCAGAGGUAUGAAUGCUGUUUUAAUGGAUACUUUGGCUGCCUGUGGUGAUGUCAACAGAAAUGUUAUGGUGUCUGCUUUACCAGGAAAUGCUAAGGUCCACGCACAAGUCGCUGAAGUUGGUACUUUAAUUUCAGAAUACCUUUUACCUCAAACAACAGCAUACCACGAAAUUUGGCUUGAAGGAAAGGACGAAGGAGAUGAACCAGGCUACACUGAGACUUAUGCCAAUAGAAAGGAUGGUCCAAAGAAGAAGAAGACAUUGGUUGCAGGUAAUGCAUUAGUUGAUGUAGAACCUCAGUAUGGAGUCACUUACUUACCAAGAAAGUUCAAGAUUGUUAUCACUGUCCCACCAUAUAAUGAUGUUGAUGUCUAUGCUCACGACAUUGGUCUUAUUGCAAUCGUCGACGAGAAUAAUGAAGUUCAAGGUUUCAAUGUUUUAGUUGGAGGUGGUAUGGGAUCUACCCAUAACAAUAAGAAGACUUAUCCAAGAACUGGUUCUUUAUUCGGUUACAUUCCUAAGGAUCAAAUUCACAUUGUUUGUGAAAAGGUUAUGCUUGUUCAAAGAGAUUUUGGUGACAGAACAAAUAGAAAGCAUGCUAGAUUGAAGUAUACCAUUGACGAUUUGGGAGUCGAUGUUUUCAAGAGCAAGGUUGAAGAAUUGUUAGGUUAUCAAUUUGAACCAGCUAAGCCAUUUGAAAUCAAGUCCAAUGUCGAUUAUUUCGGAUGGUGUAAAGAUGAGACUGGAUUAAACCAUUUCACUUGCUUCAUUGAAAAUGGUCGUAUUGAAGAUACUGUCGAAUUACCUCAAAAGACAGGUUUACAAGAAAUUGCCAAGUAUUUGUUGAACAACAAUAAAUCUGGUGAAUUUAGAUUAACAGGUAACCAACACAUCUUGAUUUCUAACAUUGAAGACAAAGAUUUAUUUGAGGUCAAAGAGUUAUUGGCCAAGUAUAAAUUGCACAACACCGAUUUCUCUGCAUUAAGAUUAUCAUCAGCUGCUUGUGUAGCCUUCCCAACUUGUGGAUUGGCUAUGGCUGAAUCUGAACGUUACUUGCCAAAAUUGAUCACAUUAUUGGAAGAAGCUUUAGAAGAAUACGGAUUGAGACAUGAUUCUAUUGUGAUGAGAAUGACUGGUUGUCCAAACGGUUGUGCCAGACCAUGGGUUGCUGAGGUUGCCCUUGUAGGAAAGGCAUUUGGUGCAUACAACUUAAUGUUGGGAGGAGGACACCAUGGUGAAAGAUUAAACAAGAUUUAUAGAUACUCCAUUAAAGAAGACGAAAUCUUGAGCACUUUGAAGCCAUUAUUCAAGAGAUGGAGUUUAGAAAGAAAUGAAGGAGAACCAUUUGGUGAUUGGGUCAUUAGAGCUGGUGUGAUAAAGGCCACUACUGAAGGUAAGUACUUCCAUGAUGACAUUCCUGAGGAUGCUUAA